AUGGACGACGGGUUCAAACGGCCAGACGACAUUGUCGCAAAAGAGAAGGAAGCCGAGGAUGUGGAGAAGGUUGCAGGUGCACAGGCUGGGAAGGAUGGGAUCAAUGAGGUGACGAGAGUGGAGACGAGUGCUUCAGAGCCUGGGCUGCCGUUUUCGAAGGCAGGGACUGUGGCGCUGGUGGCUACUGUUGCUGCCGCGCCGUUCUUGAGUACCAUGGCCGUCCAAGCAUCCGUCAUCAUCCUACCUACCAUCGGUGAAGCUCUCGACAUACCGACUAGCAGACAGCAAUGGGUCGUCUCAGCAUACAAUCUUACGUUCGGUUGCUUCUUGUUGCUAUGGGGCAGGCUGGCAGAUGUAUACGGACGGCGGCUCAUCUUCAUCUGGGGUUCAGUCUUCUUUACAAUUACCUCAAUCAUACCUCCCUUCAUCACGAAUGAGAUUGGCUUCGACAUUAUGCGAGGCCUCCAAGGUCUGGCCGCCGCUGCCAUGGCGCCCACCGCCUUGGGCAUCCUAGGUGUCACGUUUCCGCCGGGUCGUAUGAAGGAUAUUGCCUUUGGAUGCUUUGGAGCUGGUGCUCCGCUAGGUGGUAUCUUCGGCAACAUCUUUGGAGGUGUCGUUGCCGAGUACCUGAAUUGGAAAUGGGUAUUCUGGAUCUUUGGCAUGGUAUCCGCCAUCUCCACCAUCGCUAGCUUCUUCGUCAUCCCUCUCCCUCCUCUCCAGCCCGAGCCAGUGAUGCGCAACACCGUCGACUGGAUCGGCGGCACCCUCAUCACAGUCGGGCUCAUCAUCCUCCUCUUCGCGCUCUCCGAAGGCAACGUCGUAGGCUGGAGCACACCCUGGGUGCCUACCCUCAUCGUAGUUUCCCUCCUCAUUGUCGUCGCCUUCGGCUUCUGGCAACACUACCUGGAAACCAAGACCCAAAAACGACCACUUAUGAAGAUGUCGAUCUUCAAGAACCGCAAGUUUACAUGGGCAAACGUGCUGAUGGGCCUAUUCUUCUCGAGCUUCAACAACUACCUCAUCUUCGCGACAUACUGGUUCCAAGAUUUCCAGGGCCUAUCAGUCAUUCAGACUACGCUGCGCUUCAUCCCCAACGGCGUAACUGGCAUUAUGGUUGCUACAGUAACAGGCUUCAUCCUGUCCCAUGUCCGUGGCGAUUACAUACUCAUGUUCAGCACCUUCGCGGUCAGCAUGUCGUCGCUUCUCUUCGCCAUUCCCAUCCCGGAGCAUACAACAUAUUGGGCGUACGGGUUUCCGGCGAUGGUGUUCUGCGUGUGCGGUGCGGAUACGAUUUUCCCUGUUCUCACACUUUUCGUUGCGAAGACACUGCCGCCCGAGGAUGCGAGUCUGGGCGGCGCGUUGAUCACAGCUGUCGGUCAGAUCGGGCGUGCUAUCGGUCUUGCGCUUGCUACUGCAGUUCAGACUGCGAUCAUUGCGAAAGAAAUGGGUGUCAGUGUCGACAAAGUGGGUGAGGAGGGUCAUGGGUUGAACCCUUGGGAUCCUGCGCUCAAGAUCGGAAUCAGAGGAACAGCAUGGUUCAACUUUGGGAUAAGCAUCAUCUCGCUUGUGAUUGUGCUCGUUUUUAUAAGAGGCAUUGGUAUAGUCGGUGGGAAGAAGUAGAAAAGAUGCUGAUACAAAGAAAGAGCGAUACAAGAGAUAUAGACACUGAGGCAUUACGCAAAAGUCUCUCUGAUAUGAACAAACGGCAUCGUUACUGAUCUUGGGAAUGUAUCCCCAUAAUAUUGGUAAUCUGGCUGUGUCCAGCUUGGCCUUUUGAGCCGCAGUUCGCGCUGAGACAAUAAAG